GUUUCCUAGGAGACGCAGAGGCGCGAGCCGGCCAAGGCGGGGCUCUCGGCUCGCGCUGCGAUCAUAAAGUGGGAACGCUAUUGUCGUAUUAAUCCAGAUUUGGAUUUAUUUCACGAUAGCAAUGAAUUUCCAAGCGGAUCAAAACAUGACGGACGCGGACAAAUCGCGGCAGGAGGAGGAUUAUGCUGGGGAGAUCAAAGGGGGCCUGCGUCCAUCUAUGAGACUGGUAGUGAUGGGCAUUGUUCACAAACAGCCUAAGAGCCUGGUGGUCACGUUGUCCUGCCCGUCUCAGGGGAAGGGUGAGGAGGAAGAGGAAGGGGACGUGGGGCUGCAGUUAACAGUGAACUUUGCAGAAAAGGCCGUGCGCCGCAACUCCCGAAUGGCUGGAAAAUGGGGAACCUCUGAAAGUGCUUUGUCUUUCUUCCCAUUCGCUGCUGGGGAGGCUUUUAAGAUGGAGAUUGUAUGUGAACACCAGCAGUUCCGUGUGAUGGUAGACGGUCAGCCGUUGUGUGGAUUCACUCACAGAGUGACCCGGCUAGCUUCCCUCACUUCCCUCCGUGUGGUCGGGGACCUGCAACUCACUAAGGUUGCUUAAUGGGGAAUCAUCGCCGUGACAACACAGAGACGCUCUCAUUUCUCUAACAAGCUCAUCCUUUUAUGUUUCGCCAUCUUUUUUACAUCAACAAUGUUUCCAUAUAUAUGUUACCACACAGCUGGCAUGAGUACCUAUACAUACAGCCGUGUGCCCACAGCCAUCUGGAGCUUCGGGUGAUCAGACAGUUCCACGCCUAAUGAUGAAAUUUCCUCUGGUUCUGUUAUCAUAGUAUACACUCCACUCAGCCCUGCUGGAAAAACAGCACAGACCAGCACACAUUCCCUGCUGGUCUGGUGCUGGUUUAGCAGGUCACCCAGCAUUGUCAUGCUGGUUGGCCAGCAUACCAACAUCCAAAACAUAACAUAUCACUGAUGAAAACCUCGUAUCUCCAUUUUUGACAUUUUUCAGUUUUUGACAUAAUUUGAAAAUGCCUGUUGCCUUUACAUUGUGUGUAAAUGUGAUGAAGAAUGGACUAAAAGAAAUGACCUGAAAUGACUUAGGAAAAAUUCUGGUUCCAUUCACUUACAUUAACCGUACAGUAGGUUUUUGCUUCUCCUGCAAAGUUACCAUUUUGGAGAUACAAGGUUUUCUUCCGACAGCAGCGAUAUGCAGGUUUUGGUUUUUAUCAGCUUGAUAAUUUUCAAUUGCUUCAAACCAGCACACCGGCGUCCAAAACACAACGGAUGCUGGCUUUGUUGGUGACCAGCUAUGUGGGUUUUUGUAGCUAUCCCCUUCAAAGAAAAGUCACAAAAAUUUCCACUUAAAGGGACAUUCCGGCAAAAAAUUGGUUUUAAUAGUGGGAAAACCCCUCCUGAUCACAUGUACCUGAAGGUGAAGGUCAAUUUUGAAUUACUACUUGGUCUUUUUUUUGGGGGGGAUUUUCUCCCCAAUUUAGUCGUCUCCAAUUCCACCUGCUAGUUAGGACGCCCCUGACCUGCUAAACCAGCCACCGCUUCUUUUCGAACUGCUGCUCACGCAGUGUCACGGGACAGUCGAACGCGCUCGGGGGAAAGCGCCAACCGCCAGAUCUGAUAGGUCAGCUUACAGGCGCCUGCGCUGACCAGCAUCGCGUUGAGUGAUGGGGGGAGAAGGGGGGCCAUCCUACCCACCCAGAGUAUUUUAGUGGAGAGCACGGACGACCUGAGCAACAGAACGAUUCAACAAGCUAAAAAGUAAAGCUAGCAAAUAGGCUACCUCGCUCGCUUUAGUUUGGCGUAUCUCUGAAGGUGAGGAACUUGCCUCUGCUGCCCGUUUUGUGUUGAAUAAGCCUGGAAUCAUCAUUUUCCUUACAAUAUAUGAGCUUUAUGAAGUGCCAAGGGCGAUGACCAGUGCAAGUGGGGGUGCAAUCAAUCACUAAUGCCAGCUAGUUAGCAUUCAUUGGCUGAGGCAAGAAGUAACUAGUUAUGUUUACUCAAGUACAUUUACUUCAGUAAAGUACUGAUGGAAUAUUUUCAAAUCAUACUUUAGUUACUAAUUCCUUUUUCGUAUUAACUUCAUUGUGUUUUGCUGGUGACGUGUGUCCUGCUGUGUGAUUGGUCAUAACUUUAGCGUUUUCAUUUAGUCCCAGAAAGAGAGGAAUAGAGCCUCAUAAGCAGUUUCUGUGUUGAGAGAUGCUGGAUGGACUAAGAGGUUGCACUGCAGGUCUACAAGUUAUUUAGUAGUUGUUUUUGUUCAGGGAGGAAGUUUUACUUUCACUUCAUUAUUUACCCAAGAAUUAAUACUUUUACUUGAGCAUGGGCGUCUUCUGCUCUACCCCAGCCAGCAAGCAAGUAUGGGUCCUUUGUGGCUGUUUGCCACUCGCGGACCACCCCAAUUUCUGUCCUGCAUACACGCUCUAGUUUUGAAUCUCCCCCAACAGAUUUUAAAUGCACAGAUUUUUAUUUUAGAAAAUAAACAAAUUACAAACAACUGAGAGAAAGUAAUGACUAGGCCUGAUAUAAAAUGAUGUACGUUGCUGACGCUGAGCUGGAUUAAAAUUAUUUACCAAACUAAUUCACAAAGUUUAACUAAAGAAAGUUGGCAGGAAAAUUAGACCAUGAGUGGAAAAUGAGCAACGAUAAGUGGAAUUUUGUCUAUUACUCGGCUUAAACACUGGUGGGCCGCCCAGAAAACGCUGAGUGAAAAGCCAGUGGUCCACCAGCUUUUCCAUCAGCAGGCCGACAGUGGUCCACUACCCUCUUGCUGUCAGGGACCUAUUGUGUUUACUAGCCUGCAGGUUAUUGGCGAGAAACCAGGGAUGCAGUAAAAUUUCCUAAUGCAUGAUGUAGUGAAAGAAAACUGAUGGAUGAAAACCGGGAAUACUUUCAAAAGCUAAGGCUGCUAAAUAUUUCACAGCACGACAGUUUUUACGCCGGGACGCUCCUUUAAGUUGAGUUUUUGAAUGCAGAUAUUUUUGAACUAAAUUUUAGGACUUUUUUUCUGUACACCAGCAAUUAUUAUCUACAAAUGUAAAAAAAACUCUGAUACAAUGAAUGUUCUGUAGAAACCAGGACCCCCCUCUCCACAGCCCCCCCAACAAUGUUUAGAUUCCGUACUGUUUGGAAUUAUAAUAUAACUAUUUUUAUCCUUACUGUCCACUUUAUGAGAAACCCUUGUAGCUCCACCUUGCUAAUGUAUGGUUGGAGACUCACCUCGUGUGUCAGACAUCCCUUAGUCCUUCCUCAGUGGUCAGUGUUUGAUCACAGGGCCCCUCUUGGCUGUAACGUGGGUAAAAACCCCAGCAGCACCGCUGUGUAGCAGCACCACACACACUACCAAAUCAGUGUCGCUGCUGUGCUGAGAAUGGACCACCACCCAAAAAAUAUGUGGACAACUGCAACCCCGGGGUCAGAAACAGUUGAGUGAUGAAUUAGAGAACGGUCUGUAAUUGUGCUUCUGUAUGGUGGCGCUGUAUGGUAGGCCCGGGGGUUUCUAAUAAAGUGGACAGUUUGCACAUUCUUUCGUUUGUAUAAUUCUCUUGAUUUUUUUUCUCCAUUUCAUCUUGACAAAUGUCAACUAGAAGGAGGCGACUCAAAGAGAAUCUCCUCCAACGUGUGCUUCUACCUGCCGCUGCCUUGGCAUAACAACGCAAGUGCCUUCACGAGUGUGUGCGGCUGCGCUGUUCUGACGGAGGAAGCAGAAUGAGUGCUCUGAAAAACACCUGAACGGUUUUUAGAGGGCAGGUCCUGCCUCUCUCUUCGAGAGACUGCUGUAACAAUAGCUUGCAUGGUACUAUUUAAGUUGACAGGGUGGUGCGUAUGUGUUGUAGACACACCUCUGCUAUCUACAGGUGCUGUAGUUGCACUGAUAUAUGCUGCAUUAGACUUUGAUUUUUUUUACAUUGGUUCUAGUACAACGAAUGCACAGCCCAUGGAUCUGAAUGCUUCAUAGAACAGCAAAAAAAAAAAAAGAUCUCUUUAGACGUUUGAUUCAACAUCGUUUCUCUGUAUAUUUGCAAUAUUAAAAGGAGAACAGUAUAAGAA